AUGACAGACAUGGCAAGACUGGUCCGACACUGGCCAGGUGGCAUUGCAUUCCCCGCUGUAUCAGACCCCAUCACAAGGGCGAUCUGUCCCUUAAUCAGAUCAAGGAAGAGGUCAAGGCGUGGCUCCUCUUUGUUCAAGAGAGCUGGGUGUCGCGUGGGCGCGCCGCCGUCGCCGUCCUCAAUAACGAUGAUGAAUAUGAAUUGCGCCAACGGCGAACCCUCAUCGAGCACUAACCUGCCCGGUGUAGUCAUUCAUGACCGAGCUCCGAUCGGGCUCCCCGGCACAGAAGGGGAACGAUCAUACAGUGAGCCUGAGGAAGGACUGCGAUACCCGGCCGAGGCUUUGGAGCGCAUACUCGACACCCACCAGCCCUGUGACGCGAACGGCGUCAUGUCACUGGUGCCAGUGGAUGUAAAGAACCCUAUCAACUGGGCACGGUGGGUGAAAUUCAUCAUUCUUUUAUAUCGAUAUGAUAUGGAGGUUGGUCACUGUCUGGAGAGUACUUACAUGCCUUCAGAAGCUGUUGUCAACCCAGUCACUACCAGCACCGGCACAUUGUCCAUUGAGGAUUUUCCUGCCUGGCUUAAUCUUGAAGUUGCCCUUUUUGGGUCAGUCUAUCUUACGCGCACCGGGACAGUAAUCUACCUUGGGAAUCCAGGCCCAUAUGCGCUUGUUGACGAAGAUGGGCUACAAACAGGUCGCCUUGCACUGACUGUGUUCACAAAUACUGGUGCAAUUGAGGACUCUGUGCUUAUUCGUCCUUUCAAUAUGCAGGAGCCGCAUAUGCGGUACUCUACACUUGGGAAAGGUUUAGACGAUGUCAAGCACAGCAAGGGUGGGUACAGACAUCAGAACCCACCGUAUGCUUCCCUCUGUGCUUUUUCUCUGCUUUUCCUCCCCCGCGUAAGGUGGAAGGAGGAUGUUGAACUCUAUGCACCAGGCUACUUGGCCCUCGAAGCCGUUGGGAAGGGCGGCGAGUAUAAUCUUAAUGAUCUAGUUUCUCCAGAUGUUAUUGGAUGUUACAAUAAACCACGCGUGUGGGAGAAAUUGCGGUCCGGGGCUGAUCCAAGGUUUAUGUUUUGA